AUGCGCACCUUCUUUUACUUCUCCGUAUUUUUCUGCGCCAUGUUCGUGUCCAUGCUCGCCAAACGCGCAGCUCCGCCGGCGUUCGCUCGCUCCGCACGGCCUUCUUUUGCCCGCACGUUUUUUUCCCGCGCCAAUUCGGCCAAAGACCACUCCAGCAGCGGCCAAAACGGCCAAUUUCCCGCCGAUUCGGCGGCAGGCCCAGCAGCGCCGCCGCUGGCCGCCUACAACUACGACAAGGCGUCGUUCGACCGCCUAGUGACUUGCGAAGUCGCUGUGGCCUUUGCCGCCAAGGCACGUGGCGACUCCAAUGUUUUCCGCCGUUCCAAGAAGCCGGCGCAACUUCUGCCUUCCGGAGAAGAUAACCUUUUCGUCACGGGCGACAGAAACGGGCACGUGGCAUUUGGCGUUGCCGACGGCGUGGGCGGCUGGGCCGAGGCCGGCUACGACUCGUCUGCCAUCUCGCGCGAGUUGUGCCGCGAGCUCCGGCGCCUGUUUGAAGCAACGGUCGAAAAGACACCCAGCACACCGAAACAGAUGCUCACCGAGGCGUUUGCCCACGUGCUUUCGCUGCCGCAAGUGGAGAUUGGCGGCACCACUGCAUGCGUAGGCGUAUUGACCCCAGAACGGAAACUUCAGGUGGCCAACUUGGGCGACUCGUGGUGCGGGGUGUUCCGAGAAGGCACUCUUGUCAAGGAGACACAAUUCCAGACACACAACUUCAAUACGCCCUUCCAGUUGGCCAAAGUGCCGGCGCAAAUUUUACGCCAGGCCGAGCUUCAGGGGAAAAAGUAUAUCAUGGACACGCCGGAAAUGUGCGACGAGUACGUGUGGCAGCUCCAGAAGGACGACGUGGUCGUUUUUGCCACUGACGGCGUCACAGACAACGUGGUGCCCCAGGACAUGGAGCUUUUCUUGAAGGAUAGAAUGGACGGGAAAUCUUUGGCCGACGUGGCCACGGAAUUGGUUCAUGAGGUGGUGAAGGUGUCGAAGGACCCAAACUUUCCGUCGGCAUUUGCACAGGAGCUUCUGCGCCUCACGGGUCAGCGGUACUUGGGUGGCAAGGAAGACGACGUGACUGUGGUGAUGGUGAAGGUACUCUAA